AUGAUUUCAACAAUCGGCACAACAACAAUUCAAACAACAGCACCAAACUCGUUAGUCAUGAAUCCAACAUCUAUGUUAGUAGAAAUGAAAAGCUUCAUUCCUUCUUCAUAUACUUUUGAAACAGAAAUCCAGAAGAUAAAGCAAGAACUUUUAACAAGUAAUUUAGACUGUAGUGCGAACGAUGAAACAAAUGAAGAAUAUCUUUAUGAAAUGCAGGACAUUAUUGACCAUUUGCCUAAACUACCUGAAAUCCAACAACAAAAACUCACUAUUCCUGAAUUCGACGAAAUUGAAGUGAAACCAACUGACUCAGUAGAAAUUAAGAAAUUCAUACGAAAGGUAAAUUAUGAAUUCCUUGGUUUUCAUUGCAACCAUAAGGUUCUGGACAAAGAUUGCGAUAUGGUAUAUAAGAAUGUUUCUGACAUAUAUAAAUCUGAAGAAUUUAAGACCUACGACAACUUUGUUUCGUUAGUUGCUGAAUGUGUUUGGGAAAUAAGAGAUAAAGAUAGAAGAGGCAAAGUAUAG